AUGCCACAAUUUGAAAAUGUACAAGAUAGAAUCGAUUCAUAUCCCCAGACAUGGAAAGAUGAAAAUUCUGAAUGUGUUCAAAGUAUUAGCGCUGCAGGCUUUCUUUACACGGGAUUUGGAGAAACAUGGCGUUGCUUUUAUUGUGGAUGUGUAUUGACAAAUAUUUGUCAACAAGGACUUCCUCUAGCUACACAUGCAGCCAGAUACCCAACAUGCAGAUAUGUAAGAAGUAAUUUAACAGACGAUGAAAUAACAGAAGCAAUAGUAGAUUUUAAGGUUACCGACAAAAAGUCGAAAAUUGCCGAAGCAGUAAAAGAUAAAUUUCAAGUCCUUUAUACCCGAAUAAGAACUUUCGAGUCAUAUGCAAGUAAAAACGAUCAAACUGAUAUUGACAUAUAUGGAUUAGCUGUAGCAGGAUUUUAUUAUAUUGGACUCGAAAACAUUGUUCAGUGUUUUCAAUGUAGUGUGAGAUUUUACGGAAUACUCAGCGAUCAAAGUCCUUGGAGUAUGCACGCAUCACUUUCACCAACAUGUGCGUAUGUAAUCAAAGAAAAGGGGAACUACUUUCUAAAGGAACUUCAGACAGCAAAAGAUCAAACAUUGAAUUCAGAUUACACGGUAAUAACAUUUAUAAGAAAAACUUGUGAUAGUCCAAAACGACGAGAGUGGCCAAAGAAUUUAUUUCGACCAUGGUGUUACUGA